UUGUUUUUUAACCUAUUUCUAUAAAUUUUAUUGGAAAUUAUUUAGGGUAAUUUAUUUAUAAAUAUAUAAAAUGUCAGAUUUCCCGGAUCCCGAAGAAGAAUUUGAGCUUAUGUAUGGAGAUGAGCUUGAAUUAAUGGAUGAACAAAAUUUGGAAGAUGAGGAUAUAGCAGUUUUACCCGCACCAAAUGCUAGGAAAAGUUUAGAUUUUAAUACACCAACAAAAACUAAUUCUCAAAGUGAUGAAAAUAUAGAUCAUAACGCAUCUUUUGUGUCUGGCUGUCUUGAAAUUGAUAACGAAACAGUUGGUGUAACAACAGAAAAAGAAACUGAACGUAUUGAAACAACAUUACAUACAGACUUGAAUGAUGUUAAUCAUAGGAAACGAACUGUAAAUGAGUUGUUUGGUGAUGUAGAUGACCUUUUCGAAACCGAACUUGAUGAGAUAUAUUCUGCACCGAAAAAAUUGUGUGAAGAUGAGAAAUACAAGAAAGAUAUGAAUUUAAUAAAAUUGAUUGUACAAAAAAGAAAUGACUAUAAGCAAACACAUAAUUUAAAUUCAAUUGGUAUAAAUACAAAUCCUGUAAGCAGGGAUUUAGAGCGGAAUAAAAGAAAUAUAUCUCUAGAAGUACCGAAGUAUCCUUUUAUUCGAAUAAAAAACUUUGCCAAAGAGAAUAUUUAUAUUCGGUAUCAUUCGGAAAAAUAUGAGGAAGAUGAAUCGAAGAGAAUUGUGAAAGAAAGUAAUUCUGUAGGUGCAUUAGGUGAUAAUUUUCAAAAGGUUCUAAAUGAGGCUCAAGAAAUGAUAUAUAAAGAAACUACAGAGCAACUAACAGAAAAUCGAGAUAUUGAGAUGGUAGAAGAGUCUAAUAAAGAUAACCAACUCUGGGUUGAAUUAUAUAAACCAAAACGAUAUUUAGAAUUGCUAAGCGAUGAAAGUACCAACAGAACCAUAUUGAGAUGGAUAAAAUUAUGGGAUAAAGUAGUGUUUCAUAGGAAUCCUAAAAUUAAAGUUACCCAGCCUCUACCAUCGGACAAUAAAAAGUUUUUUAAAUUUAAUGAAUUGAACACUAAACUGGAUGAGCACGGAAGACCUGAGCACAAAGUUGUGUUGUUGUGUGGCCCACCUGGUUUAGGAAAAACUACGUUAGCUCACAUGGUAGCAAGGCAUGCAGGCUAUAACGUUAUAGAAAUUAAUGCCUCGGAUGAUCGUAGCAUUGAUUCAUUUAGAACAGCAUUGGAGAACGCCACUCAAAUGCACUCAGUAAUUGAUAGGGAAAAAAGACCAAACUGUAUAGUGUUUGAUGAAAUUGAUGGAGCACCACCACCUUCAAUUGACUAUUUAGUGAAAUUCAUACAGGGCGAUGUAAAACCGAAAGGCAGAAAGUCCAAAAACAAGGAGAAUACUCCUUCUAUACUAAAAAGACCGAUAAUAUGUAUUUGUAACGAUGUGUAUGUGCCUGCUUUAAGACCUUUAAGACAAAUAUCUUUUGUUAUAAACUUUCCGCAGACAUCUAGUGUGCGUUUGGCGGAAAGAUUGGUUGAAAUUUGUAGGAGACAGCAGAUUAAAACAGAUAUGGGUGCCAUGACGGCACUAGCAGAAAAAUCGAACAAUGAUAUAAGAUCAUGUUUGUCAGUGCUGCAUUUUUUCAAAACCCAAAAUAAACCCAUUGGUCUUUCUGAUAUUUAUAAAACUAAUAUUGGUCAGAAAGAUAUGCAGAAAGGAUUGUUCACUAUAUGGAAGGAAAUGUUUGAGAUAAAGAGAAUGAGGAAAUUAACAGGAGGAAGUAGUGCACCAGCAAUGAAAGAGAGAAUGCAGAAUAUACUCAGUUUGAUUGGUUCUUUUGGUGACCAUGAAAGAGUUGCUCAAGGUGUAUUUGAAAACUACCCCAAUUUGAACACUAACAUUAAUUUGGAGGAUACAGCUCAUGCCCUGGAUUGGUUUUGUUUUAAUGAUAUAUUUAACAAGCAGAUUUACACUACUCAGAACUACACUUUGAUGGGAUAUUUGAACUACGCCUUUGUCGUUUGGCAUUUUGCGUUUGCCAGGUUCCAGAAAGAGAAAAUAACUUAUCCAUCUGCGGGAUACGAGGCUAAGGCAAAGGCACUUCGUCAAAAAGCCAUCGUAGCCGAAGUCCUCCGUGGCAUGUCUCCAUUAGUCCGUUCCUACAACUCUGCAAUUCCCUUGCUAUUGGACAGCUUACCACAGAUCAUUCGAGUUAUAUCACCACCUUUGCGUCCAGUGAGCCUUCAUUUGUACAGCGAAGAGGAAAAGAAUAGUCUACUACGGGUGGCUAGUAUUAUGGCUGACUACAAUUUAAAUUAUAUUCAACAACGAAAACCUGACGGAGCUUACGAGUAUAACUUGGAGCCAAAUAUCGAAGAUUUGGUUGUUUUUGAUAUAUCGAAUAACAGAAGAAAAUUGCCGUCUUAUUCUAAUAGGCAGCUUAUAGCUAGGGAAAUAGAGGCGGAAAAGAUGAGAAGAUUUGAAGCACAGAGUGGAAAGAAUUCGGUAGAAACUUCGAAAGUAGUUAAUAAGAAGAGUGAAGAUAGUAGGCAAGCAGUGGAUGCUUCUAAGAAGCCGGAACUGCCCAAUCAUCUUCAGAGACUGAAGUCAAAGACUAUCAGUCAAAAAAGUGUUGGAAAGGCAGCCGUUCGGAAGGAUUUCUUCGGAAGGGUUAUUAAGUGUCCUGCACCCUCACCAGGAAAGUCAGCUCAAAACGCCCUGAAGAGCGAUAUUUGGUAUCAAUACAAGGAAGGAUUCAGCAAUGCUGUUAGGAAGACAAUUAAAAUACAUUCAUUAAAGUGAAUUAUAAAUUAUUAUAUUUAAGAUCAACUCUUUAUACUUAUUUUUUAAGUGUGUAUGUUAUGAAUAAGCUGAAGAUUGUUAAAUAUAUACCCAGUUUUGUUAAAA